AUGUUUGGUGAGCUGCUGUUUCGAGGCCUGUUGGCCUGGCUCGAUGACUUGCUGGGGUCCGCCAAGACGACGGACGAGCUGCUCAACUUGUUGGACCAAGUCCUGUCCAUCUGUGCCCAGUUCGGGCUCAACUUGAGCCCGAAGAAGUGUCAUUUCUUUCUGCGCGAGGCAGAAUGGUGUGGCAAGGCCGACAAGCUGCAGCGAUGGUCGCUGGUGAUGUCGACCUUCCCGUACACCAUUGAGUGCGUCUCGGGUGACGCGAACGUGUGGGGCGACCUCCUGAGGCGAUGGGGUUCGGCUCCGACGGAUCAACCAGUUGCGAAUGUUCGCAAGCUGAUCCAUGUGGUGUCGCCCCUGCAACAAGUGGAUUUCGAGUGGCCGACAGCCGCUACGAUCAGCGACAUCCAAAGUUCAACCAUGGAAGGGGGAGGGACCCCCCCAAACGGUGUGGAUUGGGACGACGACUCCCAUUUUUAUGUGGACCCAGAUGGACGAAUCUGGAUCCCAGACGGUGCUGUUGACCCACAGCAGCGGAUUUGUGUGAUCGCUCACCAAGGAGCCAGCGGUCACCGUCGCAUCGCAGCGACGACCAAGUCGGUGUCCGACAAGUUUGUGUGGAAGACGCUUCCCACGGACGUCGAAGCGUUCGUGCGUGCCUGUUUGCACUGCCUGUGCAUUGGCGGAGAAAUGGUUCCCAGUCCAUUGGGUUCGGCGCUUCACGCAGAGAAGCCGAACGAGUUCAUCCAUUUCGACUGGUUGUCGAUGUCCAUGGCCAAGUCUGGCCAAAAACAAGUGCUUGUCGUGAAGGACGACAUGAGUGGCUUUGUGCAGCUGUUCGCGGCAAAGUCCGCUGACGCCGCCGCGACCGCUAAGUGCCCUCAACCAUCAGCCGGCGGACCGGCUGGGAGGAAUUGCGCCUGUGACAGCGUUUACCGGCCUGCCAGCCAAGACCCGCUGGCAGGAUUUGUCCACCCGACGUCCAAGGAAGUUUAUGUCGCGGACUGGCUUGGCACCGCCCGUCAGAAACAUGUGACGGACCUCCAAGUGGCGCUAGAAGAAAUGCACCGCAACGUGGCGGUGCGAAGCGACAAGUUGCGUCAGCAAGCGCGUGGACGCCACGACCGAAAAUCCCAAGUCAAGUUUGCGGGUUUUUCAGUCGGCGAUUUUGUGCUCGUCGGAUCGGUCGUCAACCGUCCGACAAAAUUGGCCCUGCAUUGGCGAGGACCCUGCCAAGUGACCAGAGUUAUCACAGACCAUGUGAUGGAGACUCAGCAGCUGGUGCCACCGUAUGAAGUCACGGUCCAUCAUGCGUGCCGACUGAAGAUGUACCACGAAGGUGGUAGAGAGGUGACCGAAUACCUCGAGGCGCAGAUCGCGUUUGGCGAUGGCAGAUUUCAUGUGGAGCGCCUGCACGAAGCGCGCUGCGUGGAUGACCAACACCAAGUUUUGGUGAAGUGGCUUGGACUCGACGAUGAAGAAUCGUCCUGGGAACCUGCGGCGAAUUUGCUGGACGACAUUCCAGUCGUAUUUCGCAAGUGGGCGGCGGCGAACAAGGAAGACCCUGCCGUGGCCGCCCUCAUCAAGGCACUGGACUUUCCGUAG